CACACGUGGCGAGCCAAUCAAUCAAGUGCACCUGAUGUGUUGAUUUACCGUUCAUUUUUCUGAUAUGUCGGUGUCACUCUUCCAAUCUUAAAGUCAUUUCAGAUGGCUGGGGACAUAGCAGAAGCAAUUAGGUUGUUGGCGCAUCUCCGUGUCACAGAAUUACGUUCUCUAAUGGCUGCCAUGGGACAGACCAAGAGUGGGCUGAAGUCCAAUCUGCUGGGGAGGGCUGUGGGGGUUAUACAGACCCAGUGCAAUCCUCACCUGCUCACAGUCGUACGCCAGCUCUACCAGGAACGCUACUCUGACCAGAUAGUUCCUGGCAGCAUCCAGACGACUCCAGGAAGCCACCAGGAGGAGCAGACCAUGGCACCGGUGGUGGAGACAUCACACAACCCCACACAGCACACAAACCGUCUGACGCACGACCCUAGACUGUUCCAGAUGGUACCCCUUCCCUUCUACCAAGUCCUGGGGACAGUCCUACCCCCCACACAACUGGUGGGCUCUUUCUUUUCCGACAUGCAAAACCAGGAGUUCAACCUCAUGCUAACACCAAAGCAAGUGGAGCAGAACAGAAACUGCAAGGAGCUGCAACCAGGUGUGCCGAGUGUCCAGGUGGUUCUCAGAUUCUGCUUCACAGAGAGUCUUGGGUACGAGGAGGAUCAAUACCCACCAUGCCUGUCCAUCAAAGUUAAUCAGAAACACAUACCCUUACCGGAAAUUCACAGACACUGUACACCCAUCAACAUAACCCCAACAGUUUCUCUCAGCCUCCUCGCCUCAUUUCGUUUAUGUGUCUGGUGGAAGAGCUGUAGCAAAAGGUACUCUGUGGCUGUGUACCUGGUGAAGGUGCUGUCCCCCUCAGACCUCCUCAGUCAACUGAAGAGCCAAUCAGUGGAGAGUCUGACAUUCUGCAGACAGCGCAUCCAAGAGAAGCUGCGUUUCGACCCAGAAUGUGAGGUGACCACAACAGGACUACAGGUGUCCCUUAUAUGUCCGCUGGGGAAGAUGCGUCUGUCAGUGCCCUGCAGGGGGCGUAAGUGCGGCCACCUCCAAUGCUUCGACGGGACGCUCUACCUGCAGAUGAAUGAGAAGAGGCCCACCUGGACCUGCCCAGUGUGUCACGAGCUAGUUCCGUACAGCCAGCUAACUAUCGAUGGGCUACUGACGGUGAUCCUGGCGUUGGAGGGCUUUCAGGACAAUACAGAGGUAGAAUACCUGGCUGACGGCUCUUGGAGGUUUGUUAUAGAUGGCGUGAGCAGGACAACACAGCCAUCGGCACCAUUGGAGAAGAUGGAGGCCUAUAGUGCUAGUAGUGUGACUGCAACUACCAGAGCCGUGUCAAAGGAAGUAGUCACUGUGGACCUUACUCUUGAGUCAUCCGAGGACGAGGCUGAUGAGGUCACAAAGGUUUGGGAGGAAGCCAGUGUUUUUCAGCACAAUGGCUGUUCAGACAAUCGUUGCACUAAUCCAGUCUACCUCAGUCAGCAGGCCCACGCCAUUAUUUCCAUCUGCUUCAAGAUGUCCACUAUCAUCCCUGUGCCCAAGAAGGGAAAGUAA